AUGGAACGACUAGCCGACGAUGAGGCUGAGGACCCGGGGCUGAUGGUGCUCAUCGCCGACGCCGGCAACUACUCGUUGACGCUGACGCACCUGCAGCGCAAACACUGGCGGCUCGUGAUCGUCCACCCUGCCGGCGCUGACCCCACCUUCACCGACUACGCCGAUGAGGCGCUGACCAUGGACGAGUUGUUGGACUGGGGACAGCAGGAGCCGGACGACGAUGACGAUGUGGACGACGAGGAGGAUGGGGAUGGGACGGAGGAUGAGGAACAGCUGAAGACCGCCCAGCCAUUCAUCGGAUCGCGCUGCUUCUUGUUGCAGGUCCCCGCAAUGCCAGUCGUCGAGCUGUGGGCCCAGCUUGGCCCCGACCAGCACAUGGCCCACUUCAACAAGGUCACCCGCGAGGCGGUCAUCGUCAUCGAGGCCGACACGGUCGAGGAGACGCACCGCAGCCUGCAGAGCCUGCUGAACCGCGUCUGCUUAGCCGUCGGCUACCAACCUGCCGACGUGGCCGCUGCGACGUCGCCGAAGAGUUUGCUCUCCCUCCCGACGGCCAUCCACCUUCCCCCGCCCGCCGUCCCGCCAAAGCCACCCAAAAAGACCGCCUGGAAUGGGCAGGCGGCCGCACGGCAGCUGAACAACAACACCGAGCAGCACGGCUACGCUGCGCAACGCCACAACGGCGACGCCUCCAAUUUUCAGGCGCGGAAGCCGCCACGCGUGCCCAGCGACGCGAAGCGCCAAAAUUCCGACGCGCCGGGCGCGUCGUCGGCCUCGUUCGGACAGCCGCGCGACCCGUUCGCCAUUGGGGCCCAGCAGCUGCGCGAGCGUGACCGUGAGCAGCGCCAGAAGACUCAGGCUACGAACUACAACAAUCGACGCUACAGCCCGGGCAAUGUUGGGAAGACGGCCGAAGAUGGGUACCGUCACCGGGCAACUCAUCAACCGCUUCGCCGUGACUUUCCGGAUCCGGUGGCCCCGUACGUCGACCACCGUAACCCCAACGGGCACUACCAAAAGCCGGCGGUGACCAGCGGCGGCGGCGGCAGCGCCGCGCCCGGUGCGGGGACGUUCAAGAAACAUGGCUCAUUCCGCGACCAGCCCCACGACUACGCGAUCGUCGAGGAGCAGCGCGGCGGAACGGGCGGCGGCACCGGCGGGGCGCGAAACAGAGACUAUUGCUACCUGCAGAAGGGCCAAAAACCCGUCGCCGCCAUCGCCCCGAUCUCGCCCUCGCCGCAGACGCCCCGGCUCCGCCUCAACGCCGCCCCGCCGCUUAUCACCAAGCUCGCCCCGCCGCCGCCCGCCACGCCCACGCCCGCCACCAUCCCAGCCAGCCCCCUCACCAACGCCCCGCCCGCCGCCGCCAAGACGCCCGGCGGCGCUGCCGCGCCGGGCGCGCUGGCGCGCGAGCGCUUCCGCAAGCCCGCGCCGCAGUGCGUCUUCUGGGAGAACCGCUUCCACCGCCAGGAGACCGGCUGCACGCUGUGGCACCCGAAGGAGACGUGCCGCUUCUACCCGACGUGCGCUCAUCAGGCCCAGGACUGCGGCUUUGCCCAUCCGUUCUGCGGGCCGAAGUGCCACUGCGACCCCGGCGACCGGAACCCCCAGCUGAACCACUGGACCGAGCACCUGCAACGCAACUUUGGCGUCCCGAGCCACUCCACCACGCUGGCCGACUUUUUGCCGGCCGCCAGCACGAUGUCG